GCAUAUAAUCAUAGUAGGCAUUGAUUAAUACACUUGACAUAAUAUUAUGUUAUUUUACGAUCAUCAACUGAAUCGGACGUCUCUGUUAAUUAUUUCCGAUAACUACAGCUGGUAUUUACUACAGAAAAUGUAAAGAUUUUCUAAAACGGUUCAUUUAAUUUCUACAUAUCUGUGCAAUUAUUUGUUCAACUUUGCAGAAACGAGAGAAAGGAUAUAUGCGGGUGCACCAGAUUAACAACCUCAACAAGGCACUGACAGUGUUACAAGAAUGUGGAGUUAAACUUGUCAACAUAUCCAGUGAUGAUAUCAAUUCUGGAAAUGCAAAACUAACCCUGGGACUCAUAUGGUUAAUUGCACUGAGCUUUGACGGUCAAAAGCUAGUCAAUUCACAAGCGAUCAGCGGAAUCGAAAAAUCUUUACUCAAUUGGACCCGUCAAUUUGUGGAAAAACAUGGGAUUAAGGUCAAUGAUUUCUCCUCCAGUUGGUCAGAUGGAUCGGCAUUUCUGGCUAUCCUUGCUGAAGCAAUUGAUUCGUUUGAUGUACAGGUAGCGCUUAAAAGACAUCCAAUCGCCAGGCUACGUAUGGCGUUUGAUUUAGCCAAUCGGCAUUUAGGAAUAGAACAGCUGCUGGAUCCGGAAGAUGUCAAUACGAACAAGCCCGAUAAAAAAUCUAUACUAAUGUAUGUGAUGUGCUUAUACAAUGCCAUCGAUUCAAGGAGGCAAGAACACCAUGGAAGUGUUCAGCAUUUGGCACAGCAUGUAGAAAGUAUGGAAGAAAUUCAACUACUGAGUGAAAAUGAAUUCGAAGACUUAACGGACGAGGACAAUAAGAACAAUAAUCUAAAUCAAAGUGAUCCAAUUCCAAAAUAUGAAGAAUUGAUGCCACAUGUUGGGAACUUGACACAUCUGGAGGAAGUAUCCCUAGCCAAGUCGAUUGAUGAUUUACGCAACUUUAAUAGAGAAAACAAGGUUAAAAUGUUGUCACAAUCUAAGCCAAUAGUUCAGAGAAUAGAACACACCGAAGUUACAGGUUCAAUUCUUAAGCUAAGUGAUCCAGUUUCUUUACCAGGUAAAACGGAUUCAUUCUAUUGGGAACCGAAAUCCUCUCGACCAGUGUCUACCGCAACGAAUUUUUCAGUUGAAUUUAGUGGUUAUCAGGCAGCAGUGGAAGAAGUUCUAACCAUGUUGCUAGAAGCGGAAGAACUAUUCUCGAAGGAAAUGGUCGAAGCACAAGGACUAACGGAAGCCAAGACACAAUUUCAUGAUCACGAAGACUUUAUGGCUAAACUGUCUGAAUAUCACACCUUUGUAUGUGGGGCACUCGAUGAAGGUUCAAGACUGAUAAACGAAUCGCAAGUAAGUCCCGGGUCACAUGGUCUAGACCAGGAAGGCCAAAAUGAGAUCAAACAACAAUUGUUUCUGUUGAACGAACGCUGGGAGAUGUUGCGCGUUAACGCACUAGAAAGACAGGCGAAAAUUCAUAAAAAGUUGGCAUCACUGCAAAUGCAUAAGGUUGAAGAACUGAAAAACUUUCUAACUAUGAUCGAGGAUAGAAUCUCGCAUAUGUCAGACGUAGGUCCGACUCCAGUUGAACUGAAAGCUCAACUUGAGCAGCAUAAAGUCUUGCAAAAUGACAUGGAAGCACAAGAAAAGCUAGUCGAUAGUCUCAGUAAUUUGGUUAUUAUCAUUGAUUCGGAUAACUUCAGUGAUUUAGAAGACAAAUUAUCUGCUCUGGAGGAGCGUUGGUCACACCUUAUAACGUGGAUAGCGAACAGAUGGGGAAAAUUGCAAAGCCUGAGUCAGCGGUGGACCAAGCUUUCUGAACAAUAUCGUAUCAUAUGUCGUUGGAUCGAGUCCCGAGAAUACAAUCUUAAGAAAAUGGAAAUGAACGAUUCUGUAGAGAUGGGCGCUAUGAUGGAACGAAUUAAGUGCCUACAAUACUGCAAGCAUGAUGUACAUGCCCUUACCAGCUGUUUGCAAGAAUUGGAAAAUUCGGCUCAGUCACUUAGUGAUGAAGGAUAUUCUUCGUUGAAUAUUCUUGCGAAGGUAGAACACUUGAAUGACAUGUGUGAUGCAUUAUCACAAAUUUUGGAGGCCCAAGAGGCUCGUGUUGAGAACAUGGGUUUUCAAAUUCCAGCAGUGUCAACCAGUGAUGAACACAAAAGCAAACUCAUGAAACCUAAUUCAUGGGAAGAUUUUCAGAUUAAAAUGCAUGAGGAGACCCAGGCCAUUGUUGAUAGAAGUGAAAUUUGCAUGGACAAUUUGGAUAGUUCCGAAUAUUCACCACAAUCGGAGAAAAAGCGUAAAAUUGAACAACCUGAAAUGGUUGUGCAAUUGAAUGAGUUAAUGUAUGAAAUGAAGAGUACAGUGGAUGAGUGUUUUUAUAAGCUGGACGAAUUUGAGACCGUUGAUUUGAAACAAAGACUAACGCUACUGGAACAGGUAGAAUUGACUCUUGAUGAUCGAAAGGAAGACUAUUCAACUGUCGCCGGACUUAAGGUGGGUCUCGGUGAGGAGGCCCACGUCGAUGGUAUGCUUGCGGAGGAAGUCCGCAAGCUCGAUGGUUUUUGCUCUUAA